CCCGCACCCCGACCACCCAACCCCACACCCGCCUCGGCCCGGCCUCUAUCCUUCCUCCCGAAUCUCAUAAGCCCCCACCGCGCCGCACCCAUGGCCGCCGCAAUCGGGAGCCCCAGCCGCGCCGCCGCCAGCGCCCCGUCCCGCGCCGCCGCCGGGACCGCCCCCUCGCGCGCGGUGCUGAGGGUGGCGUCCGCCGGUCCCAGUCCCAGGAGGAGGGGCGCGGUGGCCGCGGCGGCAAUGCAGCCGGCGAAGGCGGUGGCCGCGGAGGCUUCCACGGCGGCGGCGGAGCUGAACGGCGCGGCGGUCGCGGGGAUGGCGAGGCCCGACGCGAUGGGGAGGUUCGGAAAGUUCGGCGGGAAGUACGUGCCCGAGACGCUGAUGCACGCGCUCACCGAGCUCGAGAGCGCGUUCCACGCGCUCGCCACCGACGAGGAGUUCCAGAAAGAGCUUGACGGCAUCCUCAAGGACUAUGUCGGCCGUGAGAGCCCCCUGUACUUCGCGGAGCGCCUGACCGAGCACUACAAGCGUGCUGAUGGCACAGGCCCUCUCAUCUACCUCAAGAGGGAGGAUCUGAACCACACUGGUGCCCACAAGAUCAACAAUGCCGUGGCGCAGGCCUUGCUUGCCAAGAGGCUUGGGAAGCAGCGUAUCAUUGCCGAGACCGGGGCUGGCCAGCACGGUGUUGCCACUGCCACGGUGUGCGCCCGUUUUGGGCUGCAGUGCAUCAUCUACAUGGGUGCCCAAGAUAUGGAGAGGCAGGCACUCAAUGUUUUCAGGAUGAGGCUUCUUGGUGCGGAGGUCAGGCCAGUGCAUUCUGGGACAGCAACCCUGAAGGAUGCGACUUCGGAGGCUAUCCGUGACUGGGUCACUAACGUGGAGACUACACACUACAUCUUGGGCUCGGUUGCUGGUCCGCACCCAUACCCAAUGAUGGUGAGGGAGUUCCAUAAGGUUAUUGGCCAGGAGACCCGGAGGCAGGCCAUGGACAAGUGGGGUGGCAAGCCUGAUGUGUUGGUUGCUUGUGUUGGUGGUGGAUCCAAUGCUAUGGGCCUCUUCCAUGAGUUUGUUGAUGAUCAAGAUGUGAGGCUGAUUGGAGUGGAGGCCGCUGGUCAUGGUGUUGACACUGACAAGCAUGCAGCAACUUUGACAAAGGGUGAAGUUGGAGUGCUCCAUGGAUCAAUGAGCUACUUGCUGCAGGAUGAUGAUGGACAAGUUAUUGAACCCCACUCCAUCAGUGCAGGCCUGGACUACCCUGGUGUUGGACCUGAGCACAGUUUCUUGAAGGAUAUUGGACGUGCUGAAUACGACAGUGUGACAGAUCAGGAGGCACUGGAUGCUUUCAAGCGUGUCUCUCGUCUGGAGGGCAUCAUCCCCGCCCUGGAGACCUCCCAUGCCCUCGCCUACCUUGAGAAGCUCUGCCCGACCCUUCCCGACGGUGUGAGGGUGGUGGUGAACUGCAGCGGACGAGGAGACAAGGAUGUGCACACCGCCAGCAAGUAUCUCGAAGUCUAAUAAAACACCAUAGAGGAGGCUGAACAAGGCUUUUCCAUGUCAAAGUUUUGAAGGGUUCGAUGAUAAAUUUAGCGCUGUUCCUUCGGAUAAACUACCCAAUAAUUGCUGGAAGCUUGUAUUGUAUUAGCUGGUAGCGCCUUUGUUUGUUUGUUUGUUGUCAUGUAUCAGAAUGAUGUUGAAGUGGAUAACUGAAUAAAUAAAUGCCAAGCUUUCUCCCCUGUUAAA